AUGCACGAAGCUUGGAUUAAUAAAAAAGUCGAAGAAGAAAAAAUUACAGAGUAUAGAUAUGAUGAAUUUAAAAAAAAAAAAAAGAUUGGUAAUGGAGCUCAUAGUAGUGUUUUCAGCACAAUAGUCAAUAAAGAAAAUACGGUUGAAGUGUUUGCAUUAAAAGUAAUUGAGAAUAAUGCAGAAAUUAGUAAAGAGAUUGUGAAUGAAAUUGUAGAAGGUCUUAGAGAGAAACCAAUUCAGGGUGUAAAUCAAGGAUAUAUGACCAUUUAUGAAAAAUGUUGGCAGAGUAAUCCAAAUGAUCGACCAUCUAUUAGUAUAGUGUCAUUAAUGUUAAAAGAUAUUAUUUAUCCGCUUUUUCAGGAUAUCCCAAUUGAUGGUAUUAAUGAAGAUGAAUCAAAUUUUGAAGAACGCACUAAAGAAUAUAUUAAAAUUAUUGAUACUAUUUUUGGUGAAAUACCUGAAAUUAAAUUCAAUGAUCAAGACUCCAAGAUUACCUUUAUAAAUGAUCUUUAUUCUAAUCUUUAUGAAAUGCUUAACAAAGGCGAAUCUGUUCCUAAGACAAUUAAAAAUUACAUCGCUGAAAAUGGAAAAUCGGCUAAUGAUGUUUUAAUUUGGCUGUAUCUUAAAAAUGAGCCAAAGUAUAUUUGUCUUCGCGGAAUAUUUUAUAUGUGGAAAAUUGGUAUGAAAAAAAAGGAGAAUAACGCUGACGUUUUUAGUUUAUUUCUUGAAGCAGCAAAGGGAAAUGAUACUAUUGCGAAAUAUUUUGUUGGAAGGUGUUAUGAAGUCGGUUGGAAUACAAGAAUGAAUACAAAGUAUGCAAUUGAAUGGUAUGAUAAAGCAAUUGAAGACGAAUGUUUAGCGGCAGAAUAUAUACUUGGAAAUUGUUAUUAUAGAUGCCAAGAAUAUUCUAAAGCAUUUAAAUUACUCAGAAAUGCAGUUGACAAAGGCAAUAUAAUGGCGAUGUAUAAGUUGGGAUUGUGUUAA